AUGUAUAAAAUAGGGUCUGAUGAAUAUGAGCAGGACAAACAACUUGCGUUAGCAAAGUGGUUUGCUGACGGAUGCCCCUUCGAAGAAGACGAAGAGGUUCUAGAAUUUAAGAAAGCUCAAGAAGCUCGUGAAGCUCGUGAACGUGAAAAUGGCGCUAGCAUUACUCACCCAGGAUCAACAGUUUUUGUUAAGGAAUCGGCAGAAGUGACUCUAUCAGUAGCACAGGACAUGUUGAUGGAAACACAUUUUACACGCAGAAUUGGUCCACUUAUAUUUCCAGGAAAGCAAGCUCGCUUAAUACUUCCGCUGGAAGAACCAAAGCCACCUACUUUUGUAAGGACAAUAAAUAUCGUGGUAGAGAUUUUAAACCAAACAAACUUUUCGGUCCAGUCGAGGUACUUAAGAGAGAUGAUAGGAGAUCUAAACCAAUUAAAUCUAUUGAACGAAUUCAUUGGCAGAAAUAAGAGUGUCGUCAUGAGAGUAUUUAGUGGCCAAGCAACGCGUUUAAACCCUCCAGCUAACGUUCAGAACGUUAUUCAUAAAGAAGGAUAUAUAUAUUGUUUAGUUCUAUAA